AUGGUAUCAAAGGUACGAUACCGCAAGCUUUUUGUGGGAGGAAUCGAUUCAGAUAUCACGGAAAGCGACUUGAAAGCCUAUUUUGAGAAGUUUGGAGUCAUCACAGGCUGUACGAUCCACAGGAACAGAGACACCGGAAGAUCCCGAGGAUUUGGGUUUGUCACAUUUAAAGACCCUUCAUCAGUGGAUGCGGUUCAAAUUAGUCGACCGCAUGUUAUCGGUAACUGCGAAGUAACAACUAAGCGAGCGGUACCAAGGGAAUACUUUGAACUUUUCGACGGGCUCUUGACGGUCAACAAGAUAUUUGUCGGGGGACUUCGACAGGAUAUACAAGAAUCAGAUCUGCGUGAAUAUUUCGGGACCUUCGGGAGAAUCAAGAAAAUCGAUAUAAUGGUGGACAGGAACACGAAUACCAUGCGAGGAUUUGCAUUUGUAGAGUUCGACGAUUACGACCCAGUGGACAAGGUAGUGUUACAAGGAAAUCACACCAUCCAUGGAUAUGAUGUAACUGUAAAAAAAGCUAAAUCAAGACUUGAGAUGGAACUUAUAAAACAACAGAAUGGACUUGAUUCUAAAACUUUACCUCCUCUGCUCAGAAGAAGAAGCAUUCCUUUUCAGCAACCAAGAACAAUUAAUUCAGCCUUGGGAGCUUUUGCCAGAGCUUCCCUAGACAGUUUUGAUUGUCCUUUCCAUUUCGAUUCAAGGAGACGAGGACGAUACUGUUAA